AUGGUGGUGGCGUUAGCCGCGGUCAGCAAGGACGGGGCCACCGGCGGCGGCGACGACUCCCUCGGCUCCUCCGGGAGGUUCGCACGGGCGCAGGGGAGCAUGAACUGGUCGGCGACGUACGACGGCAGAACGAACGACGUGAAGAGCUCGGUGGUGGCCAGAGGCGACAGGUUGACCGCCGAUGGAUGGAAUGGGUUACGAGGGCAGCGGACGGAGCGAGUUCUGCAGCGGUCGCGUACGGCGGCGGAUAGAGCAUGGGGUGCUGGCGAAUCUCAGCGCUGCCAUAGGAAGCAGGAGGCCGCUGCCCCAUUCGCCGUGGAAAAGGACGUGGGGCCGUGGGGCGCUGCCGUCGAGAUCCCGAGGUGGCCAUGGAGGGCCGGCGCCCCAGAGGCGGUGAGCGUCGCCGCCGGGGAGCCGUGCGUGCGGGUCGAGCCGCGCCGACGCCGGACCACAUCCACGCGAGGCGAGGGCGCACGGGGGAGGACGAGCCGCGGCUGCUACCGAUGGAAGGAGGAGCCGCCGCCGCCGGUGCUUGGACUGGAGAGGACUCGACGCUGCCGCCACCGGGAGGAGGCGCUGUGCAGUGCACUUUUGUGGGAGGAUCCAUGGGAGGAGCCGCCGUGCGUGCACUUUUCUGAGAUCCAGAUCGAGACGCCUGGAGAGAGAAGAGAGAAACGAGAGUCACGGCGUGAUUAA